GUGUGAGGCUUUCACCAUAUUUUGGUUGACACUCAUCAUCACAUCAUCGUUAUCACCAACAUCACAUUGCUUCAUUUUCUCAACCUAUUAACCUCUUUCUGCGCAAGACGAUGUCGUAUGUGCCUCCGCACCUCAGAAACGCCACUUCAACCACCGUUGCCACCGCCAGAACCUCCGCCGUAACCCUAGAAAACCACCACACCAAGCUCGCAUUCCAUUCCAACAACAACUCUCUCCCCUCCUUCCCCAAUGCCUCUCGCCGGAGUUCCGCCGCUCCUCCGUCGCCCAGGAUUCUCGCCGCCCCUGACCCAGUCUUCCCUCACUGGCAACCCUCCGAACGUGUAUCUCGCAUGACUCCCAACCAGAUUGAAGAGGUCCGUUCCCGGCUUAAUCUUGAUGUUACUGUAGUGACUGACUCUCCUCCUGCACCUGCACCGAUAGAAUCGUUUACUGAUAUGUGUUUAGAUCCAAGUAUCAUGAAGGAUAUUGCUUAUCAUGAAUACACCAGGCCAACUUCAAUCCAGGCACAGGCCAUGCCAAUUGCUCUCAGCGGAAGGGAUCUGUUGGGUUGUGCCGAAACUGGUAGCGGAAAGACUGCAGCUUUCACAAUACCUAUGAUACAGCAUUGCUUGGCACAACCUCCCAUUCGGCGCAAUGAUGGUCCCCUGGCCUUAGUUUUGGCUCCUACCAGAGAACUUGCUCAACAAAUAGAAAAAGAGGUUAAAGCUUUUAGUAGAUCUCUCGAGUCAUUAAAAACUGCCAUUGUUGUGGGCGGAACUAACAUUGAAAAGCAGAGGUCUGAACUAAGAGCAGGAGUUGAAAUAGCAGUUGCCACCCCCGGAAGGUUUAUUGAUCACCUGCAACAAGGCAACACUUCCCUCUCUAGAAUUUCUUUUGUUGUUCUAGAUGAGGCAGAUAGAAUGCUUGAUAUGGGUUUUGAACCACAAAUAAGAGAGGUAAUGAGAAAUCUUCCAGAGAAGCAUCAAACACUGCUGUUUAGUGCGACUAUGCCUGUGGAGAUUGAAGCAUUAGCAAAGGAGUACUUGGCUUGCCCUGUGCAAGUGAAGGUAGGAAGAGUGAGUAGCCCAACAACUAAUGUUUCACAAACUCUUGUGAAAAUUUCUGAAAAUGAAAAGAUUGAUCGGCUUCUAGACUUGCUUGUUGAGGAGGCUUCACAGGCAGAAAAAUGUGGUCAUCCAUUUCCAUUAACAAUUGUGUUUGUUGAGAGAAAGGCAAGGUGUGAUGAAGUUGCUGAAGCAUUGGUAGCUCAAGGAUUAUCUGCAGUAUCUCUUCAUGGUGGUCGUAGUCAGAGUGAAAGAGAGGCUGCCUUGAAUGAUUUUCGGAGUGGCUCCACCAGCAUCUUGGUUGCCACUGAUGUCGCUUCUCGUGGCUUGGAUGUCACCGGAGUGUCACAUGUCAUCAAUCUAGAUCUUCCAAAGACCAUGGAAGAUUAUGUACAUCGGAUUGGAAGGACGGGGCGUGCUGGAUCAACAGGCCUAGCUACUUCUUUUUACACAGAUCGUGACAUGUUUCUUGUGGCAAAUAUAAGGAAAGCAAUAGCUGAUGCUGAAUCUGGGAAUACACUGACAUUUGCAACGGGAAAGGUUGCUAGAAGGAAAGAGAAAGAAGCGGCAGCUGCACAAAAAGAGGCAAAUUUUGCUUUAUCCAAACAGUUAGGAUUAGGAGCUGCUUCAAUUAACAUUGAAGAUAAGUAUAAAUUCAUGAUUACUGCCACAAACAUUAGAAGAGAGGGUGCAGCAGAUAGUGCCUGGGAUGAUUGAUGAAGUGUCUGAUGCCACCCAUAUUUGAUUGAUGACAAUUGCUAAAGCCUUAAAAGUGUUGCUGGUGCAUUAGUUGAUAUGUUCUGCUUUGACUUGGAAGUGCAUUUUAUGGUAAGUGUUGGAGAUGGAGAAGUUUCAGUUUGCAAGUCUACGUAUUGUUUCACACGGUUGUUGUAGCUAGCACACUUGUAACAAGUAGCUUGCUAGACGCCUAGAUGCUUUGUAGAGUUGUGAAUAGGUGAUGCAUCUUAUGUAAUCCUAGAAACUCACGUUUUCUUUUUAAAUGUGUUGCGUCCAAUAUACAUCUACUCCCUCAGGUAUUUUACCAUCAUUAAAUGUAUAUCUAGCUUGGUUUAAUUUGCACCUAUGUUUAAUUUGUUUCUUUGUGUUAGUACUUUUUAGCAUUUGUAUACGACCCUCGAAAUUGUGGUAGUGGGGGCGUUGUUUUUUUGAAUUGGGAUUACUGUUAUUAUCCAUGCUCUUGUUUUGGAGCUCAUCUAGCACGGGUCACUAUGCAUCUCUGAUUUAAUAAAUUGAACAACUUUUUUUGUU